UUUUGUUUUUUUAAAUAUAUACAUUUAAAAAUAUAUUUAACGUUUGUGAACAACAAAUUACGUCAUCACAGCGCGACAGCUUCGUAGGCGUUCCACAAUUCGGUGUAAACAUGAACCCGCAGUAUGUGUAAAUAUAACAGGAGCGGCAAAUAUACGCUGCCGCCUGUGUUUAAUUACACACAGUGGGAGCUGCUGUAGCUUUAGUCUCAAUACAAAACUAUUGUUUUACCCGCGUCGUGCUCUCCGGAGGCGGUCUGAGCUUUAGCUUGUAGCCGUUAACUGUCAGUUCACCGAUGGAGGAGCCGCCGCAGCUUCCACCUGAGGUCUGGGUGUACGUCUUCAGCUACCUGAGCACGGAGGAGAAACACACGCUCCGCACCUGCUGCAGGUACCUCAGGAAGCUCGUCGACCACCCGUCCCUGUGGAGGGACUACACGGUGGUACUGUCCGACCUCCGCCGGUACACCUACGGCUUCUGGGACACCCUGCGGCUUCGCAAGCUCACCCGGGUGGCGGUGCGACACCUUAGGCGCAAAGAGUGGCGGCGGCUCGUCAAGUUUCUCCCGUCGCUCACCGCCAUCGUGUUCGUGGACGGAGGGCGGCUGUACAAGGAGAAAUACCUGGAUAACCUGUCGCGGUUCCCCGACCUGAGGGACCUCGGGGUGCGGAACGCCACCUGGGACGAGGCCAUGCUGGGGCGGACUCUGAGCGAGCAGCUGCAGGAGCGUCUGACUCACCUGAGCGUGUGCAACGUCAGGCUGCCUUGCACGAUGGAGUUCAUAAACACCGUGUCGCGCCUGGUCAACCUUCGGUACCUGCUCUUCCACCAGCAGGGGGAGGGCUACGGGCUGGACACGGUGAGGCCGGUGCCCUGCAGCGUUUUCCACACCUUGCUGCUGAACCUGAAGAGGCUGAAGCACCUGUCUUGGGGGAUGAGGGGGGAACCGCCAGAGCCGCUGCCCGACGAUUACCUCAGCCCCGCGGACCAGCAGCAGCCAGGAUCAGGCCGAUACGGCGGCCCGGCGCUGACCUGCCUGGAGCUGGUGGAUUACCCAGAAACCAUCCUGCCAGAGAACGCCCUGAGAAGUCUGACCUCGCUCAGGUCACUGACUGUCCGCUACAGGUACAUCAGAGAGGGCAUCGAGUGUCGCCUCAGGUCCUGGCUCAGUCCUCUACAGCAGCUGGAAACACUCACCAUUAUCGGUGGUAAUUCUCUCGCUACCUAUACAACCACCAUCCCGUCCAGCGUGACCAGACUGACGCUGCGUGUGGCCAUAACUCUGAAAGACAUGGACUCCAUCGCUCCUAAAGUCCCGGCUCUCGAGCACCUGGACAUCGAGCAGAACCGCUCCAGCGGCAGCCUCUGCAGACGAAUCCCCAUGCUGUUUCCUCAGCUCAGGACACUCAGGAUACGGUUUUUCCGUAGAGAACCAGAGAAGGACCUGCUGAGCCUCCACCGGCUACGACACCUGGUGCAGCUGGAGCUGCUGGUGGAGCGCUCGUUCAUCCUCAGAGACUACCUAAAUGGUCACCCCUGGCCCAGCCCCUGCGUACAGGAGCUGAUCAACCAGCUCCGAGAGCUGUCCGAGAACAGGAUCACCGUCAUCACCACGAUGCGCCAGAGAAACCCUCUACGAGAAUGUGACUGUGUGUGGGAGGGGGACUGAAGACCGGGAGGAAAUGAGAACCGGAAAAGUCGUUUUUGUCCUCCUGGCGACAGACGACAGAGUUGGGAACGCCGACACCCAGGUUGGAGUAAAUCAAACACACGGCAACAGAUGAUGCCUGUUUUCUUAUGAAGUAAAAGGCGUUAACAGGCAGCCAUAAGUGAGGCACACUGAAGGUCCUUGGACGUUAAAAUUAUAAAUCUCAUGAAAGUGCCUGAAUAUGAUAAUUAUUGGAUGAUGAUCGCCAAUCAUUUGGCUUGAAAUUUCUUGGAUUCCAGAAAUGCACUGAAGUUUUAUCAGAAAGGAGACACAGUGAACAGACUGAGGGCUCAGCUCUGACUGUGAACUCACAGCAUAAAUUCUCACCUGAACCUGAAAUAAAAUAGUCAAAGAACAGCCAGGGGUGUGGCCAGCACCGACAAAUAGAGGCCAGUAGCUUGGGUUGGGUCUGUUUUGGAUCCCGUUCCCAGUCAGCAAAAUACCCACAUUCGUUAAGCUCUGACGCUAAAAAAUCUCUUAUUGAACUUUUUGUUUUUUAUUCUCUCCUGGUUAUUUGUAACUAGCAAAGACCAGCACUGAAAACAUGCAGGAAACUUGAGUCUGUUGGUUAAUGUGCCCUCUCCAGGCCGCUGACUGGACUCUGCCAAAGAUUGUUUGUGAGUGAAAAGACACAUCACUCUGUAACGUCUCUCUACGACAGCCAGUCAAAUGUUUUUUUUUGUAGCUCAACAGAGUCGAGAUGCUCUUAGUUAAAUACAGGAAAGUUUCUCAGUUCAGCUUCUUACAUAGAUCAGAUCUGGAGCUCAUUAAGGUCAGAGUAAUGGAUCCAGAGGUCCAGCUGGUAUUUCAUUGUGUCACAACAGACAAUAUCAAUCAAUAAUCAAUAUUUCAGACCUCCUGCUCAGAUCAUUUUUCAGGUUGGAGCUGCAUGUUGUCAACAUUAACUGGGUUAGCGUCAUUAAUGUUGAUAUUGGUUUAUUUAGUAGCUGCCAGAAAAAACGGUUUUCUGGCUUCUCAGCCGACAAAAGCUGAUCACAGAUCUAAACUGAAUCUCUGACUUGUAUUUAUUUUUAACUUAAUUUAAUUUAUUUUUAAGCUACUUGCAAAAGAUAAAAACUGAACUUAAUGAGAUCUGAUAAUGAUUCGAAAGAAUUCAGAUUCAAUAAGUGGAUCUGAUAGCGGACUCAGAUUCUAUAAAAUGGUAUCGAAUGCCAACUACUACCUGUAGCUAAUAGAGGCGUGGAAUUAACUGUAGUGUGCUGCAACAGCUCACAUGGUGAAUUCAGCAAAAACUAUUGUAGUCCUUCCCUUAUUGAUUAUUGAUAGGCCUUUAAUGUGAAGCCUGUGCAGGAAGUGUUGACUGAUUGAAGCCUAAAUAAUGGUCCAUUGCCACCGAGUAAAAGAAAGGCCACUGUUGAGAAUUUACAGUGUUUUUCAAUAAAAAACAGACAGACGUCAGUCAGUUGUGAGGAGAUCGACGCAGCUCGAUAUGUAUCAGUAUUUAUUUCAAGAAGAUCAGUAUUUAUAUAACCUUCCUGUUCAUACAGGAACAGUUUAGCCUGUUGAACCAAAUGACAGCGCUGGACUCUGAGGAGCCUCGAGCUCAAGGAUCAAAAUAAACAAAUAGAUGUCAUGUCAAAGUGUCGCUCAUUGUGCUUAACACACAGAGAAUUAUCAGCCAACUGUUCCCCCAAAAAAUUAAUUAAUGCACUUUGAAUAUUAAAACUUUUGGAGGAAUCAAUUAAAUAGUCAUUUUUUUUUUAUUUAUAAAGUCAAAGAAUGUACUUAUCACGCAUUUUAUUUAUGAACAAACUACCUAGUUUACUUUGAGCUGCAAAA